AUGACCUUCUUCCAAAAACUAAAAUUCUUCUACCACAUCUUAAUCUCGCACAACUCGAAAAUUACUCAAGAGGACGUUGAAAAGUGCAAACAGAAGGAUUUAUUAGAGCAGCUGUUGGCAGAGCUUGACGAAAAUAGCCGCAACUACAUUGCCGAGGUCGCAACUAGUAAUGAGGCGUUCGACCUGACUAGUGAUCUCGCUCAGAUUCGGCUACUUUCCUUCAAACUUCCAAAAGAUCUGCCGGACAUUCGCAGAGCACCUAAUCAAUUUCCGUGGAUUGGGUCGGUUGUUGAAGAUGGUGAACCGGAUUAUUGGAGACAAGAUCGCAAGCACAUUCAAUAUGGCAGCUACAUAUCGGCCUUCAAACAAAUGGUUUUCACGUUCCUCUACACGCGUUGCCAAGCAUUAGCACCAACAAAGGCCUACUUAUUCCUGAGCGACAUCGAACCACCGUAUCUCGAAUCGCUGCGUCGCCAGAUCCUCGGUGUCCCAUACAGUAUGAACCAGCAACCGCAAAUAAGCCCUUACUUCGACCCCUGUCUUUUCUACGUGAAUGCCAACGAGUUGCACGGAUUCCUCACUGCAAAGUUUGAGGGCCAGGCGGUCGAAUGGCUGCGUCGACUCCAUUGUCCCAAGUUCAUCAUCGCCGAGGCUGAGCCCAGAUACAAGCGUUGUUUGGCGGAUUCUCAGGUCUACAUUCUUGGUACGAAACACGAUUCGCCGGGCAGCUGUCAAGAUGUUAAUAUUGCGCUCAGAAGCUUGCGGCCUGACGUCGUCGUCUUAGAGCUUUGCCAAGAUCGCUUUGAGGUGGUGAAGACAUCUGUAGCCAAAAACGGAAGUCGGAAGCGUCGGUGGAAGCUAUUUGGUGAUGCACCGGGUGAAUUCGCAGCGGCGGUCAGAUCUGCGAAUGAACUGGGCAAUGUUACGACGGUGCUUGGUGAUCGAGCUGCACAAACAACCAUCGGGCGUAUCUACUCGGUCGCGACGUUUCGGGAAGCAUUAAGGAAAUGCUGCCUGGAAUUGCGAAAAGCAAAAGAGAUGAGCAUCGCCUGUAUUCUGAAC